AUGCCGAAGGAACAAUUCCACACCCCAUGGACCCUGGUAGGGAGCGGGCCAUACACUUACUACAACCUAGCAGGGGUUGCGACCUAUUUUCGCACCACCGAUGGUGGCUUUGCUUAUUUUGACCCGGAGAAGCCCGAGACAUUUAAUGCGGCUUUGAGCAAUCUCCAGGACUUUAUCGAGCACGAAGGCCCAUUUGAUGCUGUGGUUAUCGUUCCUACAGGAUUAUACCAAGGCAAAGAUUCUUACUCGUUCUUAUCUUGUAUGCUGUACGUGCAGCCUUCUUCGUUCAGUUCUCGUAGCUCCUCUCCGUCUACCUAUGGAUUAGUCCCUGGAACAGGAUAG